AUGGAGAGCCUACUUUCAUUUCAAAUUUCAACUCAAGACUUGCACAUUCCAAAACCGCGAAAAAAAUCGCUGGGGGAAAUAAAAGCUGAAGACAUCGUCGAUGCAUUAGAAAGAUGCGUAGGAGUGAAUACCUUAGACCUAUCUCAGUACCAGUUCGGCUUAGAAGGGAUCAAAAUUGUCGCCAAAGCUUUAUUGAAAUAUCAGGGCACAUUAGCACUUGAUUUAUCGUCAAAUAAUAUCCGCUCUGAUGGACUAGCUCAUUUAAUUGAGGCGCUCUUUAGAAUGAAAUUAUUAAGGGAACUGAAUUUAUCAAAUAAUUUUUUAGGGAUGAAGGGAAUCGCACACAUGGAAAAAUUGCUGCCGAAGCUGCAUAAUUUACAGUUUUUGGAUUUAUCGUCGAAUUAUAUUGGCUUUGAGGGAGCAAUGGCUUUGGGAAAAUGCAUAGGGAGUUUAUUUUCAUUGAAAAUUUUAAAUAUUUCGGAUAAUUAUUUAUAAUAAUGCAUAAUGAAUAGCUCAGUAUGAUGUAAAUUUUAUAAUGAUUUUUUAAAAAACAAAGAUAUUCAGUACAGGCAGAUUUAUAUGAUGCCGGACUUGUAUUUAUAGCUUUAGGAUUCAAAAAUUAUCAAGGACUUAAUAUCAUUUCUAUCAAAAAUAACCAAAUAACCACUAUGUCAUUGAGGUUUUUGCUUGAAAAAUUAAGAAGCCAAAAGUCAUUGAAAAUGGUUGAAUUUUAUGAUAAUAAAAACUGGGAAGCUCUUAGCCGAGCAUUUUGGCUCGAAAGUGUAGGAAUGGUAGGAAUUCAAGCAGAUGGGCCAAAUUUGGAAUUUUGUAAUAAAUGCAAGAGAUAUUGUGACAAAAAGUUGUGCGAGUGGAGCAGAAGGAGGCCUAUUUGCACUUUCCGAAGUUUGAGUAAAAGUUAUAAACUAAUAUAA